AUGGGCGAGAAGACAGCUAGCGCGGAUGUUGACAUUGAAAUGUCUCCUGAAACAAUCGCGCCUAUUCACGGCCAUGUCUUUCAGAAAGACGUUAAGUAUGCUGAGCUUUCCGAAGAAGCACAGCAGCGAUAUGGCAAGACGGUCCGCGGCCUCACAAAUCGACACAUGCAACUUAUCACCAUCGGCUCUUCCAUCGGAACAGGCAUGUUCGUGGGAAUUGGAUCGGCACUCGCAAGAUCAGGACCUCUAAGCGUAUUUCUGGGCUUCACAUUCUUCAGCGUCUUCAUCUUAUGGCCGCUCUUCAUGGCCGCGGCCGAGAUGUGCUCUUGGUUGCCAGUCCGAGGAUCGAUUUUCCAGUUCGCUGAACGAUACGUCGACCCUGCUUUGGGAUUCGCGGGUGGAUAUGUCUAUUGGUAUGGCGCGUUGAUGCUGGUCAUUUCUGAUUUUACAGGUUGUGUUUCGGUAAUUUCAUAUUGGGACGAUAAAACCAACCCGGGCUGGUAUAUCUUGCUUACUCUUGGAUUGUCCCUCCUUCUCAACCUCGUCGCUGUCAAAUAUUAUGGCGAAGUCGAAUUCGUCACGGCCUCCUUCAAGAUCAUUCUCAUGCUAAGCCUUAUCGCUGCCACUUUCGUCACCAUGCUUGGUGGUAACCCACAGCAUGACAGAUAUGGGUUCCGUUACUGGCAUCACCCGAUGAAGGAAUACCUCGAAAAAGGAGCACUGGGCCGUUUCCUCGGAUUCUGGCGGAUUUUCAUUUAUGCCGCAUUUGCUUGUGGUGGACCAGAUGUAGUCAUGAUGACAAGCGCGGAAGUCCAGAAUCCCAGAGUUGUAAUUCCUAGGGCCACGAGGAAGAUCUAUUUCCGUCUCGGACUCUUCUACAUCGUGGGCACACUAGCGCUGGGCAUCAUCUGCCCAGAUGACGACGCAACGCUUUUGAAGUCCCUGGAUAGUGGAGCUUCUGGAUCCGCCGCAUCACCCUGGGUCAUUGGACUCCGUGUCCAUGGUGUCAACGGGCUUGCAAAUCUCGUCAACGCCAUCGUUCUCACAUCUGCCUGGAGUUGUGGAAACGCCUACGUCUACUCAUCUUCCAGAACGCUGUACGGACUCGCUGUCAAUGGCAAAGCUCCCGCCAUCUUCAAGAAGUGUCUCAGCAAUGGCGUGCCAAUUUACUCUCUGGCUGCCGUUGCAGCUGUAUCGUGCCUCAGCUUCCUCAACGUCAGGACCUCCACCAACGUGGUCCUGGGAUGGUUCAUCAAUCUGUCCAGCGUAUCUUUCAUGAUCACAUACAUGAUCAUCCUCAUAACCUACAUCAGAUUCCGGGCUGCAGUCGUCAAACAGAUCGGAACCGAAUCACUGUACUUCCGCACCCCCUUCGGAUUGCAACCCUACGCCUCCUACUUCUCACUCGCCUUCGCAUUCAUCAUUGUAAUCUUCAACGGGUUCUACAUUUUCUGGCCAGGGGCUUUCGACGCUUCGGGCUUCAUCUCGAGCUACUUCGGGGUCUUUUUCUUCAUCUUUAUGUUUGUGGGUUUCAAGCUGUUUAAGAAGACGAAGUUUGUGAAAGCCGAGGAGGCGGAUAUCUUUAGUGGAAAGCAAUCUAUUGAUGACGAGGAAGAGCAGUUUGUGCAAUCUAGAGUUGGAAUCCAUGUACCUUUGUACGAGAGAGCAUUUGAUAAGCUUUUUUGA